UUCUGAGUGCACGAGAACACACCCUACAGAAUAUGUGCUUCAUGGCUACAUCCCAGAAGAGCAGUAUGUAGGUGAAGGAACUGAGGAACCAUUGACCCUACUGCCACAUGCCCGCUACAGGGACGCAGAGACAAUAACAGAUGUUUGUAACAGCACAGAGCUCCCUGAGGUGGAGAUUAUCAGUCUGUUGGAGGAGCAGCUGCCGGUCUACAGGCUGAGGGCUGACUGUGUGUACGGCUAUGAACACGACGACUGGAUCCACACGCCUCGCAUCUCGCCUGACACACGCAUAGACCUCACCUCUGAGCAGAUUGAAGAGACCCUCAAGUACUUUUUACUAUGUGCUGAGCGAGUGGGCCAGAUGACUAAGACCUACAAUGACAUCGAUGCUGUGACAAGACUUCUGGAGGAGAAAGAAAGGGAUCUGGAGCUUGCUGCUCGGAUCGGUCAGUCCCUCCUGAAGAAGAACCGAGUUCUGUCCGAACAGAAUGAAUACUUGGAUGAACAAGUGGGCACCAUCAGAGAGGAGGUGGCUCAGCUGCACCAUGAAUUAAAUCUGAAAGAUGAACUUCUGCAGUUCUUCACUAAUGCAGUGGAGGAGAGUGAAGAGGGGUCUGGAUCGCCCACGGGUCGACAGGGCCGGGCAGGAGUGUCUGCUCAAGGUGGUUCUUCUCUGGACAUCCUGCAUCAGAAACUUAGAGACCUGGAAGAGGAAAACCUGACUCUCAGAUCAGAGGCGAGCCAUCUGAAGUCUGAGACAGAGUCAUAUGAGGAGAAGGAACAGCAGCUAGUGAAUGACUGUGUCAGAGAGCUCAGGCAAUCCAGCAUCCAGAUCUCCACCAUAGCAGAUGAGCUGGCCAAAAAGACAGAGGACGCCUCUCGCCAACAGGAAGAAAUCACACACUUACUAUCACAGAUAGUGGACCUGCAGAAAAAAGCCAAAACUUAUGCUGUUGAGAAUGAAGAACUGAAUCAGCACCUUUCAGCAGCUAAAGAUGCCCAGAGACAGCUCACAGCAGAGCUGCAGGAGCUGGAGGACAAAUACUCUGAGUGUAUUGAGAUUCUCCAUGAGGCUCAAGAGGAACUCAAGAAUUUACGGAACUGCAGCAUGUCUGCAGGAACUUCUCGGCGCUAUCACCCUAUGGGACUUUUUCCCAUGGACUCCCUGGCUGCUGAAAUUGAGGGAACAAUGAGGAAGGAACUGAGUCUUGAAAAUCCUGAAAAUGAAGAGCAGAAGGUCCGUCAUAAACGUGUGUUUGAGACUGUGAAGAACAUCAACCAAUCAGUGAGAAAGCUCUCUUCUGCUCAUCCUGCUGCUAACAUACCCGGGUCCAAUCAGACGCUCUCCUGCCUUAGCUCCACCCUCUCUGACAGCAGUAGCAACAAUGCCGCCCCUGACAACCGUACACAGAGCAUGCUUUUGGAGAGCGCCUCCACAGAUGCUGCUGUGGACGCCCGUGAGAAGCGAUCUGGCUCUGAGGAGCUCAAACUUGCUCUGCGGCGACUGUCUCUACGGCGGCAGAACUGCCUGAGUGAGCGGCUCUUUUUCGAGGGGGAGAGGGAAUGGCGUAAUCGGGAGCCAUCAGCUGGUGGAGAUUAUUCCAACAGGAUCGUGCACAGUGAGAGCAUCAUGUCACUGGGUGCUUGGGCCAGCCGCCCCUAUCUUCCCGACAAGCUCCAGAUUGUCAAACCUCUGGAAGGUUCAGCUACACUUCAGCACUGGCAGCAGUUAGCUCAGCCUAACCUGGGUGGUAUCCUUGAUGCUCGGCCUGGUGUGGUCCCAAAAGGCUUCCGUCCUCUGGAACUGGACCUGGAGGAAGUAUAUCAAUAUGCCGAUUAUGAGGAAGACGAGCCUGGAGAGCAGUACUUCCAGAAUCUUCCGACUACAAAUACACCCAAUCCCAGUGCCCCUCCUGGCCAGAGCCAUGCCCCCUCAACAUUCCCAUCACCCUAUCUCAGCACAGGGCAUGCUUCCGCAGAGUUCUCAACGUAUUUCCCAGGCAAAUGCAUGGCUCAUACAAGCUCUACCUAUACCUUCACCACCUGCAAAAUCCUCCAUCCUUCUGAUGAAUUAACCAGAGUGACGCCUAGUCUAAACUCCAUCACCACCUCAUCCUGUGUGAUGUCAACCAGUCUGCGAUCGACGCCCGCCGCCACGCCCUGCACUCCUCAUCGAAUGAGUCUAUCCCAGUCUCAGUCCUUUACCAACCUGAGAGACUCCACCAAAACCUUUAGCACGUCUUUGGGGCUGGUGCGCCUCCUCCAGGAGAGGGGCAUUUCUGCCGCAGUGUACCAGCCUCAGAUCUGGGACAGAGGAUAUGGAGGAGUCCUCUUCUCCACCUCAGUUCUACCUCCCCCUUCUCCAGACCACCACCGACCCUCCACCCCACCCAACUCCCCCACCCGUCACACUGCCAGUCCGGGUGAGGCAGUUUCCGAUUCAGACACCGCCACACCCUUCUCUUUCAAGAGUCCGUCCUAUGAGAACUUUCUGGCUUCCAAGCCAGCACGGUCCAUUUUGAAAGAGGUGGCAGGGGUGUCCGGAUCUCAGGCCAAAGACUGUGAGAGCCAAACUGAUGUGAGCAUGUACAAUAUGAACCUGGUGGAUAAGCUGAAAAGGUUGGGCUUGGCAAGUCCAGGGGCUUCUGGGGCUACAGGGGGAGGGAUUCCAAGGACAAGCCCACUUAUAGGUCCUCUAGGUGGGUUUCGGAGGGCAGGGUCACCUUUUAGUCCACUAAACGAAGGCAUGAGGAGGAACCGUAGCUAUCCAGCCAUGGUUGGGGCCAGUAUGGCGAUGAAGGGGCCAGGCCCUCAAGGGGACGAAAUGCCAUUGGCUCCUAAACUACCCAAGCAAACAAGUCUCAAAUAAUGAAUUAUGCAUAAUAAUGAAUCACACAAACACAUGCACUCAAAACACUGUAAAAUACUGUAUAUUACACUAAUAAACACAUACAGAAUUCAAGUAAAAAAUUAUAAUAAACACUGUAAAACACAUACACAUUCACUUAAACACUACUCUCAACACAUAUACAGACUCAAAUGGAAGUUUAAAGUUUUUUAUUGGUAACAAUUUACAAUAAGGUUGUAUAUAUUAACAUUAGUUAAUGCAAUAGUUAACAUGAACUAAAAAUGGACAAUACUUACAGCAUUUAUUAAUUUUGGUUCAUGCUAAUUUCUACAUAUACUAAUACAUUUAUAACAUUAAAGGUUGUAUAUAUUAUUAAAGGAAUAUUCCGGGUUCAAUACAAGUUAUGUUCAAUCUAAAGCAUUUAUGGAAUGAUGUUGAUUACCACAAAAAUUAAUUGCGACUCGUUCCUUUUUUUCUUUGAAAAAAGUAGAAAUCGAGGUUACAGUGAGGCACUUACAAUGGAAGUGAAUGGGGCCAAUCCGUUAACAUUAAAAUACUUACUGUUUCAAAAGUAUAGCUGCAAGACAUAAACAAUAUGCAUGUUAACAUGAUUUGAAUGUGAUAAAAUCGCUUACUAUCCUUUUCUAUGUAAAGUUAUAGCCAAUUGUACAACUUUGUUGCCAUGGCAAUGUCAUGUCUACAAACACUAAAACUCUAAAAUGACUGUAAAAAUUAUGAUUUAAACAACUUUACAGUUCAAAUAAUACACAAGUUUUAACAGAAGAAUUAAUGUGUGUUUUUAUAAAAUUAUAAGCUUCUCAUUUCUGCCUUUAAACCCUCCAGAAAUUGGCCCCAUUCACUUCCAUUGUAAGUGCCCCACUGUAAUCUCCAUUUUUGCUUUUUUUAAAGAAAAAAAGGAACGAGUUUAAAUGAUUUUUUGUAGUAAUCAACAUUAUGCCACAAAUGCUGUCAAUUGAGCUUAACUUGUAUUGAAACCGGAAUAUUCCUUUAUUGCAUUAUGAACAAUAGUGCUAUAAAUUAACCAAGAUUAAUAAAUGCUGUAUUUCAGUGGUACUUCCUGAUGCCUAAUGCAUUAAAGGGAUAGUUCACCCAAAUAUUAAAUUUCUCUCAUCAUUUACUCACCCUCAUGCCAUUCCAGAUGUGUAUGACAUUUUUUCUUCUGCUGAACACAAAGAUUUUUAGAAGAAUAUCUCAGCUCUGUAGGUCCUCACAAUGCAAGUUAAUGGGUACCAAACGCGAACGCGUAUUCAGAAGUGAUAUGAUGGGAUGUGCAUUUUGGAGCUUCAAAGUUCUGGCCACCAUUCACUUGCAUUGUAUGGACCUACAGAGCUGAGAUAUUCUGAUAUAUUCUACAAAUCUUCAUUUGUGUUCAGCAGAAGAAAAAAAGUCAUACACAUCUGGGAUGUCAUGAGGGUGAAUAAAUGAUGAGAUAAUUUUCAUUUUUGGGUGAAAUAUCCCUUUAACUAAUGCUGACGUAUACAACCUUAUUGUAAAGUGUCUUCAUUUUAUUCAUACUGAUCUACCUGAAUGUUGUCUUCACACUUACUUUGCCCUUUUUUGUCCUGUACAAUCUUGUGAUCUCAACCUUUGACCUCACUUUGAUUUCACUGUGCACAUGCAGGAAGGAAUAAUCCUUUGGGAGAAAAUCCAGAUUAACUGUCAAUCAUGUCUAUGAUUAGAUCUCUUUAAAUUAUGACUAAGUUGUAGUUUUCCAUGUCUUCAGUGUUUAUGACUCACAGUUUACUGUAAGGACAUUUCCCGGACAUAUUAAAGCGUGACAUAUAUUGAUCUGGGA